UUACAACGGAGAACUGCAGCCGAUGCUCAGCCGGAUGUUCCCCUUCGACAGGGGUCUCACACACGCCUAUUGGGCACCCAACGUCUGGGCUCUAUACUACGGUGCUGAUGUGGUGUUGGCUAAGUUGAAAGGCCUCCCUGGAUCGGCCUUUACGCACGGUUUGGUCCAAGUGAUGGACCCUACAGUUCUCCCUCCCAUUCGACCGAUCCACGCCUUGCUAGCUACUGUUGCCGUCUAUCUUCCCAUACUCACUGGUAUAGUCCGGGAGUCUGGCCGGCCUCAUGGUAGUCAAAGAAGGUUGCUGUUCUGGUCUACUAUGGGUAGCAGUGCGUCAUUCAUGUGCGGAUGGCAUGUCCAUGAGAAGGCCCUGGUUACAGUCGUGGCCCCUAUGAUGUUGGAGAUUAUCCUCAAGAGGGAUCUCCACGGCUCUUGUCGCUACGUGACAGCAGUAGCCUCCCUCUCAACCUUCAUGAUGGCCUCCCUGCUGCCCCUUCUACCCGAUUCCCCCCCAGAGCUAGGCCUCAAGUGGACCCUCACGUUGCUCUCGUGGUCGAUCGAUUGCUGCAUUGCCUCCAUGAGUGCCGACGGUGGAAGGUUCCAUCGCUACGUAGUGGCCAUAACGGCGACGGCCUGUGUUAUGCAUCAAUGGAUUCUACCGGCAGUGUUGCCUUCUAUGACCUUCGCUCCGCUCAUGUUCAUCAGCGUCUUUUGCUCCAUUGGGGUGACCAUUUCUCUGUUAGCCUGCUAUUGGUUCUCUACUGAUCAUCUACUGAGCUUCGACGACGAUGGGAAGAGGAAUUGA